AUUUUCUUUCCCAACAAGAAACGGAGGUGCCCUUCAUUGAUGAUAACUCUCCCCUUAUAUUAAUACCCCCCAACGCCCCUUUUCUUCGUUCAAUUCUUCAGAUCCCACACAUUAAGCAAUCAAUUUUAAACAAAGCCAACACCGAAAGGCAAGCUCUUCAUUGUUUCUUAUUUUUGGUUCUUUAAUCGACCAAAAACUAUGUCGAACCAAGCUGAAUCUUCUGAUUCGAAAGGGACUAAGAGGGAUUUUAGUACGGCGAUCUUGGAAAGAAAGAAGGCUCCCAAUCGGCUCGUUGUUGAUGAGGCGAUCAACGAUGAUAACUCCGUUGUUUCCAUGCAUCCUGACACCAUGGAAAAGCUCCAGUUGUUUCGCGGUGACACUAUCCUCAUCAAGGGAAAGAAGAGGAAAGAUACUAUCUGCAUUGCUCUCGCAGACGACACAUGUGAUGAACCGAAGAUCAGGAUGAAUAAAGUUGUCAGAUCGAACUUGAGGGUUAGGCUCGGUGAUGUCGUCUCUGUGCACCAGUGUCCUGAUGUUAAGUAUGGAAAACGUGUGCACAUCUUGCCCGUGGAUGACACCAUCGAAGGGGUUACUGGAAGUCUUUUUGACGCCUACCUUAAACCUUACUUUCUUGAAGCGUACCGCCCAGUGAGGAAGGGUGAUUUCUUCCUUGCUAGAGGUGGAAUGAGAAGCGUAGAAUUCAAGGUUAUUGAGACCGACCCUCCCGAGUACUGUGUGGUUGCACCGGACACCGAGAUAUUCUGUGAGGGAGAGCCUGUAAAGAGGGAAGAUGAAAAUAGAUUAGACGAGGUCGGUUAUGAUGAUGUUGGUGGAGUACGAAAACAGAUGGCUCAAAUUCGGGAAUUAGUGGAGCUUCCGUUAAGGCAUCCGCAACUCUUUAAAUCAAUUGGUGUGAAGCCACCUAAAGGAAUUCUGCUUUACGGACCUCCUGGAUCAGGAAAGACUUUGAUCGCCCGUGCUGUUGCAAAUGAAACUGGUGCUUUCUUUUUCUGCAUCAACGGUCCGGAAAUCAUGUCGAAGUUGGCCGGAGAGAGUGAAAGUAAUCUCCGAAAAGCAUUUGAAGAAGCAGAGAAGAAUGCUCCGUCCAUUAUAUUUAUCGAUGAAAUCGAUUCGAUUGCUCCUAAGCGAGAAAAAACAAAUGGUGAAGUUGAGAGGAGGAUUGUUUCUCAGCUUUUGACACUAAUGGAUGGGCUUAAAUCCCGGGCUCAUGUUAUUGUUAUCGGGGCCACAAACCGUCCUAAUAGCAUCGAUCCAGCUCUUAGAAGGUUCGGAAGAUUUGAUCGGGAGAUUGAUAUUGGUGUCCCCGAUGAAGUUGGUCGCCUUGAGGUGCUUCGUAUCCACACAAAGAACAUGAAGCUGGCUGAAGAUGUUGAUUUAGAAAAAAUUUCGAAGGAAACCCACGGUUAUGUUGGUGCAGACCUUGCAGCUCUUUGUACCGAGGCAGCAUUACAAUGCAUCCGAGAAAAGAUGGAUGUGAUUGACCUGGAAGAUGAUUCGAUAGAUGCUGAGAUAUUAAACUCUAUGGCAGUCACAAACGAACACUUCGCGACUGCUCUUGGAACAAGCAAUCCAUCAGCUCUGCGUGAAACUGUUGUUGAAGUGCCCAAUGUCAGUUGGGAAGAUAUUGGAGGCCUUGAGAAUGUUAAGAGAGAGCUUCAAGAGACGGUUCAAUAUCCAGUGGAGCAUCCCGAGAAGUUUGAGAAGUUUGGGAUGUCACCGUCGAAGGGAGUGCUAUUCUACGGCCCUCCUGGAUGUGGGAAAACCCUUCUGGCCAAAGCUAUCGCAAACGAAUGUCAGGCAAACUUCAUUAGCGUCAAGGGUCCAGAAUUGCUCACAAUGUGGUUCGGAGAAAGUGAGGCCAAUGUUCGUGAAAUUUUCGAUAAGGCUCGCCAGUCUGCUCCUUGUGUCCUUUUCUUUGAUGAACUUGACUCAAUUGCUACUCAGAGAGGAAGCAGUGUCGGAGAUGCAGGUGGUGCUGCCGAUAGGGUUCUGAACCAACUUCUUACCGAGAUGGAUGGCAUGUCUGCCAAGAAAACUGUUUUCAUCAUCGGAGCCACCAACCGACCAGACAUUAUAGAUCCCGCACUUUUGCGGCCAGGUCGUCUCGAUCAGUUAAUCUAUAUUCCCCUCCCCGACGAGGACUCUCGUCAUCAAAUCUUUAAGGCUUGCUUGAGGAAGUCACCACUUGCAAAAGAAGUCGACCUCCGUGCUCUUGCCAAAUAUACUCAAGGCUUUAGCGGUGCUGAUAUUACCGAAAUUUGCCAACGUGCAAGCAAAUAUGCCAUCAGAGAAGACAUUGAGAAGGACAUUGAGAGAGAAAGGAGAAGAAGGGAGAACCCCGAAGCUAUGGAGGAAGAUGUGGAUGACGAAGUGGCAGAGAUCAAGCCGGCGCAUUUCGAGGAAUCGAUGAAGUUUGCUCGGAGGAGUGUGAGUGAUGCUGAUAUCCGAAAGUACCAAGCAUUCGCGCAAACGUUGCAGCAAUCGAGGGGGUUCGGAAGUGAAUUCAAGUUUGCAGAAACUGGUUCCAGGGCUGCAACAUCUGAUCCUUUUGCAACUACAGCUGGUGGAGCUGAUGAAGAUGAUCUUUACAGUUAAAAUUGCUUUCAUUUGAGGGUUUCUUUUUUUAAAUUUUUUUAAAUUAAUCCUUUAUGGUAACAACUAUUGAACUAAAGGGAGCUUUUGCUCGUGGCUUAGCCAUUGGAGUCCAAAAUAGCAGUGUUUGUUGUUUUUGGAACUGAGAAUUUUACAUUUGUCUUUUUUUAAAUCAAUUUAAAAUCGUAAACACGUUAAAAUUGUUGCAUUAA